AUGUCGUACGACGACCGCGCCAAUGCGCGCCCCAACCUGAACGAUGAGUCCGAUGUGGAGGAGGAGGCUCUCGUCAACGACUACCGCGAACAGGUCAAUUUCGAUGAUAGCAUGAGCGAGCUGGAUCGGACGACAUCCCUCGGCGGUCAAUCCCAAACUCAAGACCUCCAGGCACAACUCGCUGCGGCCGCAACCCCGCUGGAGUACCAGGCCACUCUAGAGACCAAGUUCGCCAGCUACGACAACUACUGCAGUCUUUUCCACUACAUUCUGAACUCGGACGGCCCCGUUGAUUUGGAGGUUCCCUCGGUAGGUGUUUCUUUGUCCCCCAGUGCUCGAUUGGACGGGACAGGUCUUGGCACUUCUUGUUGGUAUCAGACUAACAUUUUCUCUUACCAUCAGUAUUACUGGGCUUGGGAUGUGAUUGAUGAGUUCAUCUACCAAUUCGAGUCCUUCUGCCGCUACCGCAACCGGGUCGCUCGCAGCGGGUCCAACGAGGAGGAGGCCCAGGUGCUCCGCGAGAACCCGAACACAUGGGGCUGCUACUCGGUCCUGAACGUGUUGUACUCUCUCAUCCAGCGGUCGCAGAUCAAUGAACAGCAGGCUGCCAUCAAGAGGGGAGAGGACCCCAUGGCUUUCGCCGGCGAGUACGGUUCCCGGCCAUUGUACAAGAUGCUCGGCUACUUCUCGAUCAUCGGGCUGUUGCGGGUGCACUGCCUGCUGGGCGACUUCAGCCUUGCGCUGAAGACGCUCGACGACAUCGAGAUGAACAAGAAGGCCAUGUUCGCGCGCGUGAUGGCCGCCCACUUCACCACGUACUACUACGUGGGCUUCUCCUACAUGAUGAUGCGGCGGUACGCCGACGCCAUCCGCAUGUUCAGCCACAUCUUGGUGUACGUGUCGCGGACGAAGAACUUCCAAAAGGGCGGCAACAGCUACGACGCCAUUGCCAAGAAGAACGAUCAGAUGUACGCCCUGAUCGCCAUCUGCGUCGCGCUGCACCCCACCCGCCUGGACGACACCAUCCACUCGGCCGUGCGCGAGAAGUACGGCGAGCAGUUCUACCGCAUGCAGCGCGGCGGGCCCGACGCCCUCCCCGUCUUCGAGGAGCUCUUCCGCUCCGCCUGCCCCAAGUUCAUCAGCCCCACGCCGCCGGACUUUGACAACCCAGCCUCCAACGUCGACCCCGUCGACCACCACACCGCCAUUUUCAUGGACGAGAUCAAGAACACUCUGUUCAACCCCACUAUCCGCUCCUACCUGAAGCUUUAUACCACUAUGGACCUCAAGAAGCUCGCUGGCUUCCUCGAGGUCGAGCCCGAGAAGCUUCGCUCGUGGCUGCUUGUGAACAAGCAGCGCAGCCGCGAGAUCCGCUGGGUCGAGGGUGGUCUGCUGGAUGGCGAGCCGGCCAUUGCCAACGACCUCGACUAUGCGCUUGAGAAUGACCUCAUCCAUGUCAGUGAGACCAAGGCCGGCCGUCGUCUGGUCGACUGGUACCUGCGUAACCUUGCCCGUGUCUACUAG